AUGAAAUUAGGAUAUAAUGAAAUAAUGAUAACAUCAAUGUAUUUUAAUGAUAUUAAUGAUUUUAUUAAUUUAGAAAUAGGAGUUAAAAGAUUUCAAGGAAAUAUUGAACGAUUUCAUUUUAAUCCAAUUCCAUUAAAUGAAUAUUCAAGAAAAUUAUUUACUAAUAUUGAAACAUUUCAUAUUUAUAAUAAAAAAGAUGAAAUAUUUAAAGAUGGAAAAAUAUUUAAAAAAGUAAUAUGGUAUUUAGUAGAUUAUUCAACAUAUUUAAAAGAAAAAGAACAAGGAAAUAUCUGUAAAAAUAUAGAAUAUACAGAAGAAGAUAGAAAAUCAUAUGGAACUACAAUACCCCCAGAAGUUAAAUCACUUGGAUAUGAUUGUUUUAGAGAAUGUUAUUCGUUAACAACAAUUAAUAUUCCAUCAUCAAUUAGUGAAAUAGGAGAUUGUUUUAAUAGAUGUUCAUCAUUAAAAUCAAUUAAUAUACCAUCAUCUGUUAGUGAAAUAGGAAGUGAUUCUUUUUAUAAAUGUUCAUCAUUAACAUCUAUGAAUAUAGAUAAUCUACAAUAUAUUAGUAAAGAAAGAAUAUUUAUGAAUGAACCAGUGUUAGUUAGUAUUAAAAUACCAGAUAAUCUAGAAAUAAUCAAUGGAAAGAAUAUAGAAAAGAAAGAUAUUAAUAAAUUUAUUAUUCCAUCUUCAAUUACUAAAUUAGGAAAAUGUUGUUUUUAUGAAUGUUCAACACUGACAUCUAUUAAUAUACCAUCAUCAAUUAAUGAAAUAGGAGAUUUGUGUUUUGAUAGAUGUUCAUCAUUAACAUCAAUUAAUAUACCUUCAUCAAUUAAU